UUGCCCCAGGGCUGUCUGGAACCCGAGCUGGGGGGCCAGGAGAGGCGGGUGGGUAUCGGGUGGCUGGGCGUGCGGCUUCAGGAGGGGCCAAUACAGGCCGACCCCAAAGAUGGAGGAGGGGAUGGACGAGGGGAUGAUUUUGGCAGCCUCGGGAUUUUGGGCUUCUGUCGUUUCCUGCAAGCAACUGGAGGGGCCGUCUCACCGCUGCUGGCCUCUCCGGGUCAGAGUUCAGCGCGGGUCGGUGCUGGGGGCGCGGUCGGGGAGGUGCGGGGGUGUGCCCGGACCCUCCCCUUCACAUCCCGCCCCUUAAGCAGCUUUAAGGGGCCAGAGCCGGCGGCUAUUUCUAUCCCAGGAAAUCCCCACGCCAUCUGUGACCAGCCAGAACCCUGACCCCCCUCCAAGAGCAGGGCCCGAGCGUCCCUCGCUCCCGGGGUGGGGGCAGCAGGCCUGGAUCGGCUGCCGGGGUGCCUGCCAGCGGGCGCUUCGGCUUCAGGGCGAAGGGGAAGGAGUCCGGCGGAAGGCCUGGACUGCGGCGGCCCAGGCAGCCGGGGGAGCGCUGUGAUGAUGGACGAGGAAGAGGCAGAGCUGAGGGCAGCAGUGGAACUCAGAGGCCUGCCCCCCGACGUCCCAGACGAGCUGCUCACACUCUACUUCGAGAACCCUCGAAGCUCUGGGGGUGGCCCGGUGUCGAGUUGGCAGAGACUUGGCCGCGGGGGCAUCCUCACCUUCCAGGAGGCUGCAGAUGCAGCGAGGGUCUUGGCCCAGGAGGAGCACAUUCUGCACGGCGCUCGGCUGAGCCUGCGGCCAGCCCCACCACGCGCCCCUGCGCGCCUGCUACUCCAGGGGCUGUCUGCUGGCACGGGACCCCGGCGCCUGGAGCAGUACGUCCAAGCCCUGCUUUGUGCCGCAGGGCAGCCGGUGCAGCCGUGCCGUGCCCUGGCCAGUCCCCGACCAGACCGGGCCCUGGUGCAGCUGCCCAAGCCCCUUUCAGAGGCAGAAGCCCGCGUCCUGGAAGAGCACGCCCAGGCCCUGAGCCUGGAGGGGGCCGAGGUCUCCCUGGCCUGGGUGCCCCAGGCCCGGGCGGUGCGUGUCAUGGGGGGCAGCCCCCCUGCAGACCUGCUGCUGCUGGAGCUGUACCUGGAGAAUGAGCGCCGCAGUGGCGGGGGGCCCCUGGAGGGCGUGCGCAGCCUGCCAGGGCACCUGGGCACCAUCGCUUCCUUCCAGCAGUGGCAGGUGGCCGAACGGGUGCUGCAGCGGGCCCACCAGCUGCAGGGUUCAGAGCUGAGCCUUGUCCCGCACUACGAUGUCCUGGAGCCCGAGGAGCACAGCGAGCACACCAGUGGAGGGAACCGCUUGGCCGAGUUGGGGCCUGGGGCCCCCAAGCCUGCUCUCCUGGAGGCUGGAGGGCCAGCAAGGGCACAGAAUUGUGCAGGGAAUGUGACAUUGGGCUCUGAGGAGGCACCGGGGCAAACAGGAGCCUCUCUGAGGACAGGUCCUCUCUGGGACAGGUCCUCGCUGGGACAGGCCAGGCCAGUCAGCUCAGGGCCCGUGGGGUCUUCAGAACAGGAGGGGCUGGUGAGCCCAGGGCCUACGGGGUCUCCAGGCCCAGGGGAGAUCGCCGUGGAGUCUCUGGAGCAGGUGGCGUCGAUGAGCCUGGGCCCUGUGGGGUCCCCGGGGCAGGAGGGCCUGGUGGAGACAGUGCUGCCGAUGGAGCUGGGAGCAAUGCGCUUCCUUCAACUCUAUCAUGAGGACCUUCUUGCUGGCCUAGGAGACGUCGCCCUCUUCCCGCUCGAGGGAUCAGAUAUGACUGGAUUUCGGCUCUGCGGAGCCCUCGCCCCAUGCCAGGCAGCCGAGGAGUUUCUGCAAAGUCUGCUGGGCAGCGUUAGCUGUCACGUGCUGAGCCUGAAGCACCCAGGCAGCGCCAGGUUCCUGCUGAGCCCAGAGGGGCAGCGCCUUCUGCGGGGGCUGGAGGCUCAGUUCCAGUGCGUCUUUGGGACAGAGCGUCUGGCCAGGGCUGCCCUGGACACAGACCCGGGAGAGGUGGACCCCACUGAGGCCCUACAGGCCCUCCCUGGCCACUCCCACACCCUGUGGCCUCCAGACAAUAUGGACGGUGACCAGGAGAAUAUGAGCCUAGAGGAGGUCCGAGAGCUGCUGGCCGCCCUGGAGGGCCUGGACGGGGAAGACUGGCUGCCCCUGGAGCUGAGGGAGGAGGAGCCUGAGGGGCAGCCGGAGGAGGAGAAGACUCCCAGGGCUGGGGAGGGGCCCGUGGCCCCCAGCACCGGGGCGCCCGGGCGGCUGGAGGAGGAGGCCGAGCUGCAGCUGGCUCUCUACCGGUCACUGGAGCCACAGGGCCAGGUGGCCGAGCGGGAGGAGGCUGUGGCGCUGCAGCGGGCCCUGGCCCUCUCCCUGCUGGAGCCGCCCCCGCUGCAGGAAGAACAGGAGCUCCGGGGUGGGGGGCCUGGUAGCUGGGCCCAGCUGGAGGUGCAUGCGGCCUUUGAGCAGGAUAUGGAUGAGCUGGACCAGGCCCUAGAGGCGGCCUUGGAGGUGCACCUCCGGGAGGAGACGGUGGGGCCCCAGGGCUGCGUGCUGCCCGCGGAGCUGUGCACCCGCCUGGAGCGGCGCCACGGUGUGAGUGUUGCCCUUCGUGGUGACCGCACCGUCCUCCGUGGCUUUGGGACCCAGCCCACCCGUGCGGCCCGCCACUUAGCAGCGCUGCAGGCUGGCCCCCGGGAUCAGAGCUUGGCCUUUCCCUUGGCGGCUUCGGGCCCCACUCUGCCACAGCAGAGGCCGAGGGAGCCCUUGGGCAGGCUGGAGUGCGUGGCCGAGAGCAGCAGUGAGUUCCAGACGGUAGUGCAGGCCUUCUACGACACACUGGACGCUGCCCACGGCAGGAUCCAUGUUGUCCGGGUGGAGCGUGUGUUGCACCCGCUGCUGCAGCAGCAGUAUGAACUGCACCGGGAGCGCCUGGAGCAGUGCUGUGACCGGCGGCCGGCCGAGCAGGUCCUGUACCACGGCACGUCGGUGGCCACCGUCCCAGACAUCUGCGCGCACGGCUUCAACCGCAGCUUCUGCGGCCGCAACGGCACGCUCUACGGACAGGGCGUGUACUUCGCCAAGCGCGCCUCCCUGUCGGUGCUGGACCGCUACUCGCCCCCCGACGCCGAGGGCCACAAGGCGGUGUUCGUGGCGCGGGUGCUGACCGGCGACUACGGGCAGGGCCGCCGCGGGCUGCGGGCACCCCCCCCGCGGCCCCCCGGCCACGCGCUCCUGCGCUACGACAGCGCGGUGGACUGCCUCCCCCGGCCCAGCAUCUUCGUCAUCUUUCACGACACCCAGGCGCUGCCCACCCACCUCAUCACUUGCAAGCACAUGUCUCGGUCUCCCCCUGGAGACCCCCCUGGGCUCUUGAGCAACUCCCCAGCCACCUAAUCUUAGAGGCCCCGCCCCCUCGGCCCAGCCGCUGGCCUCCUGCUCCCCAGGCUCCCCGCUCCGCACAGCCCCACCGCACCCUUCCCCGCCCGAGCUGCCCCCGGGGGCGCCCCUGCCUCCUGCAGUGGUGCCCAUACGGGCGGCCGGACGAGGAGGGCUUGG